CACGGAGUUUCAAAUCGGCUAGGUGGACCAGGAGCAGCUGUGGUCAGCGUCUGGUCAGCGUUGGGCGCUGUUGGGAUCUGGUGGGCAGAACAGACUCUUGGCCAGGCAGAUGGCUUCUCGGUGGCCGGGCGUGGGGGCCACCAUACGUCGGAGAUCGCUCCAGAACCAGGAGCAGCUGGAGGAGAGCAAGGCCCUGCAGCCUGCAGUCGGCCACCCCCAGACGUCCAGCGGGGCCCUGGGCUCCCUGUGCAGACAGUUCCAAAGGAGGCUGCCCCUGAGAACAGUCAGUCUCAACCUCGGGGCGGGCUCCUCCUGGAAACGCCUGGAAACCCCGGAGCCAGGGCAGCAGGGUCUCCAGGCAGCAGCUCGCUCAGCUAAGAACGCCUUGGGUGCCGUGUCCCAGAGAAUCCAGGAGUCCUGCCAGAGCGGCACCAAGUGGCUGGUGGAAACCCAGGUGAAAGCCAGAAGGAGGAAGAGAGGGGCACAGAAGGGCAGCAGCCCCCCAGCUCACAGCCUGAGCCAGCAGAGCAGCUGGCUGUCGGGAGCUGGCCCCGCCCGCUCAGCCCUGGACCCCGGGGAGUGGGAGCAUCGCCACCUCUCUGCCCACGCGGGCCUGCGGGCCCACCCAAGGCGGCGGUCCAGGAGGGAGGCUGCCUUCCGGAGCCCCUACUCCUCGGCAGAGCCCCUCUGCUCCCCCAGCGAGUCUGACAGUGACCUGGAGCCUAUAGGGGCAGGAAUCCAGCGUCUCCAGAAGCUGUCCCAAGAGCUGGACGAAGUCAUCGCAGCUGAAGAGAGUGGCGACAUGACUGUUUCUCUCAUUCGUGACUGAGGACUGCGCCCUUCAGGAUCCGUGCCUCCCGCCAGUUCCUGAAGACCCAGGAGCCAGCAGUGUCCCUGGGCCGCUGCCAGCAAGGACCUGACUAACAAAAGCCCAGUGGAGGCUGCUCGGGGACCUCUGCUCCGACCACCGCUCGGCCUGCCAGUGAUCACCUACCACAGCCUGCGAGUGACGCAGGGAGACCUCGGAGAGGUGGGGGAAUCGCUUACUCUACUCCCUUUCUGGGCUUCGAAACUCAUCCCUCACGCGAGCUUUAUGGGCGCCUCGUUUGUAACAUGCAGUACAGGCACCCGGGAGCAUCUGACAGCUCGGAGCAAUGUGCCCGGAAGUGGGGUCUGCAAGGAGUCAGCCCCGUGUCACCGAUGCCGGGGCUCACGGAAACCCAGAUUCCAGCUCUGGUUCUCGUACCAAAGCCCCAGAGGAGCUGGGCGAGAUGACUAUCCCCUAAAACCCUGGGUCCCAGGUACCUAGUUACAUUCUCAGCACAGGGCACUGUGGGUGCACGGCCCCAUCCAGUAGUUAUUUCUGCCCUUUGUAAAUUAUUUAAGAAAUCCACUUUGCCAUUUUAUUAGAAAGAAACCAGUUUAUGACUUUCCUAGAUACCAUUGCUUUUUCAUAAUAA